UAAAAGAAAAAAAAAAGAACAAAAAAAAGACUGGUUACUCACCUGCUAAAUGUGAAAGGAAAACGAAACACCAUAGCGAAAAUCCAGUUAGUUUCUUUCUCGUUCGACUCCCACUGGCAUUCAGCAAUCUCUCGUCGCUUUCUCGAAACCCUAGCUUUUUUGAAUUCUCCCUUCCAGUUCGCCCUCUUGACCUCAACCGCAGGCUGCAAAUCUCCGAAAAUAGUGCCAAAUGAAGGAGAUGUUAGGAUGGUAAGUGCUGAAGAAAAUGUUAUGUUACAAGGGAAGAUCAAAAGGAAGAAGAAGAAGCAAGUUACCACUCCUCGUCCUGCAUGCUCAUGGGUGUAUUUUAGUCGGGAUUUCAUCAAGGAAUACAGCGCUUCCCAUCCUGAAUCCUCUGGCCUUAAAGCUGCCACGAAGGCAGCUUCAGAUGCAUGGAAGUCUAUGAGCCUUGAUGAGAAAGAAAAAUACACAAGGCGUGCUCGUGAAGUGUGGGAUAACUACUUGAGUACAGCUCCAACCCGCACCCCUAAGCCAAGAAAACAGGCUAAACUAGUCACAAGAUGUUCUCCUGGCCGCUUAUUCAAUGUGAUACAACGUCUUACAAAUGAACAGAAGGCUGCAGUGAAAAGCAUGGGAUUUGGGAGCCUUCUUGACCUCAGAUGCCGAACUCUCCGCCGCAGCUUGUGUCUUUGGCUCCUGGAGAGGUUUAACACUACACGACGUAGCUUGGAGAUUUGUGGUGAGCGUAUUCCUAUAACACCUAAAGAUGUGGAGCUUGUGAUGGGAUUAGCAGCUAGUGGGAAGGAUGUGGUAAACUCAGGGUCUGAUGACUUGAUUGCGGAUUUGCGGCACAGUUAUGAUGCUACAAAUCAUGGUAUUUCAGUCAGACUCCUAGAGGAGAGGUUGGCAGAGCCUGAAGCAGGAGAGGAAUUUAAGAGAUCGUUUGUCCUCUAUGCACUGGGCACGCUUUUGUCCCCAACAGCAAGGCUGGAUGUUAGCCCUUCAUUCCUUCACUUUUUGACAAAUAUGGAUGUUGUCCAUCAGUACAAUUGGGGAAAAUUCUUACUUGACCGGCUAGUUUGCGAGGUAUCUCGUUUUCAUCAAGGGAAGCAACGUGCAGUGGGUGGCUGUCUUUUGUUUCUCCAGCUCUUUUAUUAUGAAAGCAUCUCUGUUGAGGAGAAUGGUGCAUUGGCCCCUGCCCUUGUUCCAUCCUUAUCUUCAUGGGGUGAGGACGAGAUUACUGAAAGGGAGAAGCGGGAAAGAGAGCUUGGUGGCUAUGGAUGUGGGGAGGUGGUGUGUAAGGAGAGGUGUCUUGAUCUGGAUUCUUGCGAGUUUAUGGGCCAAUUGGAUAGGCCACCACCAGCAUGCAGUACAAUUAAUGGGGUUGAGGAUGAUACUCUUCUUGAGCAUAAGGAGAACAAGGAAAAUAUGCUAGUCUUUGUUGGGAAUAAGGACAUAGUGUGUGGUGACAUUGAACUAGUAGUUGAAUCAGUCAGAACACCGUGUCGGAACAGAGAGUAUGGGUGUGAGGAAAUAAUGGAUUACAUGAAGAAUAUUGACCAUGAAGAAACAUGCAUCUAUGCACCAUGUCCAUGCCCACUUCCAGACUGCAACUUUGUAAGCUCAUUUGAACAGUUGUCACUGCAUUUCAGCAGUAAGCAUUGGGAUUCUGGAAGGCGUUUCAGGUACAACACCCCUUUAGCUGUCUCAUUGGGGAUAAACGAACAAUUUCUUGUUCUUCAAGCAGAGGAGGAUGGCGCUCUCUUUCUACUCAACAAGGGUACAGAAAGUAUUGGAAACACAAUCACGAUAACUUCAAUCAGACCAAUUUCUUCAAGGGGAAGGUUUGCGUAUGACCUUGUAUCAAUACAUGGAAGCAGUUCUCUCAGAUUAAAAUCAGUGGCAGAAAACUUUCCGGGUGGGGUGGAAGGAUUUCGCUCAAUGGACUUUCUUCUGGUUCCAUUUCGUUUUCUCACUGCAGCCGGGCAACUGAACCUAGAUGUGUGUAUACAGAAUUCUAGUGAGCUCAGUGUGCAUGUCCUUGAUUGAGUUAUUCGUUGGUGAAAAUUGUAGUAAAGGACGUGACAAAUAAUGUUACCUCAGCUGUCAUUAUGUCCAAGCUAGGUUUCCUGGAAAGUCAUUUUGUAAAUAGCGAUCUCGAAAGUGACUAAACAGCAGGGAAAUGCCGUUCGCCAGCCAUAUAAGGUAUGUGUUGAGAAUCCGCGACAGGUGUGACUAGGAGUUGAUCUGCCUAUAAACUACAGUUAAAUUGGAGCUUGCAAUUCUCCUGCUUCCUGGAAACCCUCUGCAGAGCAUCGUUGUGAAGUUUGAUCGGUGACACGUUGAUCUGUAUAUACGAUAUAAUCCAGCACGAAACUGAUGAAAUACAUAUGCAGAUUAGGAUAUAGGUUACAGAUGCAACUGGGAAAUGACGGCGAUGCAAUUUGUACCAUGUAGCACAAAUCUUGAGCUUUGUUUCUUGUACAGUAAGUUAUGUUUGUCCAAAUUUUAGAUGAACAAGUUGAUCAUCGUAUCAAGUAGUCACACUUGUAACUUUUAACAGAUUACAGAGCUGUAGAUUAAAUUGUGUAGAUGUUUGAUCCAUUUCUCUGUU